AUGCGCGCCCUGAUGUUUCUUUGCAACAUCGUGAAUCUGGAGCAUGGCUUCGAGAUGGUCGGUGAAGAUGAGUUCGAGAUUCUGGUGAAGCGAGAUCAGUUUGGAAAGAGUGUGACAAAGAUGGCCAAGAUGCUCUUUCGAAUCGGCUUUGCAAUGGAGAUGUUCACUGGAGCAGAUGGUCUUUCUAUCGAUGAUGGUAUGUGCGCCAUGGAUGAGGCUCCAGCAACUACAUCAUUGAGUUUGUGGACACCAUCGGGCUUUGCACUGGCAUUUGCAGUUCUCACAAUCAUUGCGGUGUUUGGCUGGAUGGGAUGGAUGAUCUACAAACUGCAGAAGAAGCUGAACUUGGUGGAGAUCAAGGUCAACGCGGUUUCUGGAUUCAACCUUCCAAGGAUGGAAUCUGAACACAUGGAGCUGCUUGGUGACCAUGCUGACCUGAAGAAUGCCGUGGAGAAGGUCCAGAUCUUCUCAGAGAAUCUAUGGGGUAGUCUUGUUGAAGUUGGUGGCUAUAUGGCUGACCAUGAGACAGCGCUAUCAGAUGAGCGGCGUGGAGAGUUGGAACAGAAGGAGGCCGAGAAUCAGGAGAUCGCAAUGCAGGAUGAUUCUUCUGAUGAGAGAUUGCUGUCAGUGCAGCGUUCCAUCAUGAGGAUGCACAGGCGUUUCUUCGAGAUGAGCAAGCUCUACACGAUUGCAGCUGUUGAAGAAAGAACUGAAGGAGAUGAAUCAGAGACGAUGGAGCAUCCAGAUGACUUCAUCGAUGAAGAUGAUACAGCCUAUGGAGCACCACCGAGUGAGACAGAGCCUGAACCCCAUGGAGCAUCAGAUGAACCUAUGGAAACAUCUAUGGCUGAGAUGGAACCUGAUGAUGAGGCAGAACAUGGCCUGAUCAGUGAGCAGAUCGAGCUGGCAAACAGACUGGAGACUUUGCGUAGGGAGCUUGAACAGCGUAUGCAA